GUUGACCCUAUAAAAACCGAACCACCCACUUCUCCUCCUCCGCCAUUCCAUGUUCACACCUCGCAACACGACAAUCUCCAACAAUCAAUACCUUCCUCUCGAUGCUUGGUCUCGCAGCCUUAUCGCCCCUCGCCUCCCCCCGCGGCGCUCUCUGUAUUCCCGAUUCCCGGGCCAAUCGCCGCGCUCCCCUCGUAUCUCCGCCGCUCGCGGCGCUGGAGCCUCGGAGGCGGGCCGCGGCGAGCCUCUACGAUGUCCUGCGCGUCAAGCGGACCGCGUCGCCGACCGAGAUCAAGGGCGCCUACCGCACGCUCGCCAAGCUCUACCACCCGGACGCCCUGAGCCGGGCCGAGGCCAGAUCGGACGGCCGGGAUUUCUUGGAGAUCCACGACGCGUACGCGACGCUCUCCGACCCGUCGGCGAGGGCCCUCUACGACCUCUCCCUCGGGUCUCACCAGCGGAGGCGGCCCGCGGGCGGCGCCUGGUGUUGCCCGAUCCGGAGGUGGGAAACGGAUCAGUGCUGGUAGUUAGGAGCGAUGGA